AUGGAGAUUAAGAUGACAGUCGAGCUGCCAGAUCACAUGUGCAAACACAUGUGGGGAGAAGCAGAUGGGGAAAUGGAAAUUGAGCGAGGGAGCGAGGAGGUUGGCAAUGUGCAUGGCGAUGUGAUUGCACGUCCAAAAAAAAAACAAGAUAAUAGCAAUGUGCAUAUCGAAGCAAUUGCUCGACCUGCAUCAAAGACAUCUAAGGGAAAUAGCAAUCUGCAUAGCGGAGCAGUUGCUUCGAUAUCACAACAAAAUCGCAAUUUAAACAUCGCACCAACUGCUCGCCCCGCACCAAUUAGCAAUUUGCAUGGCGCAGCAGUUGCUCCGACAACACAAAACUCUCCCAAUUCAAACAUCACAUCAAAUGUUCGGCUCACACCAAAGACAAUCCAAAAUAAUUGCAAUAUGCAUAACAGAGCAAUUGCUCCGACAAACCAAACACCGGCAAACAAUCAAAACCUCGCACCAGGACGAACCCAUAAAUCCUCGUCCUCCGCAAGAACCACCCAAAAUCCGCCAGGUCUUACCACCGUCGAAUCUUCAGCAUAUGUCAAUCCAGCCGCUGGCUUUGAAAGUUGUCCACGUGAGAAAGAUCGUCAAAGUCGUCUUCAUGCACUUGAUCUUCAGCAAGAGCUACGUGGGUAUAUUAGAGAAAUGGAAAGCGCAGGAGGUGGAAUGGGAGGAAGCUCAAGCUCAAGAGCUGGAAGCAAGAGAUCAAGAGAUGGUGAUGCGGGAAAUGAACGCCGCAAAUAUCCACGCGGAGAUUAUUCAUCUCGGAGAAAUUGA